CGCACUUCGACGCGUGCGGCGGCCACGUGUUCCUCGCGGACCGCGGCUACCACUACCAUUCGGCGUCGUCCUGCGUCCUCGCGGCCAUGGACGUCGGCGGCCUCGACGAGCUGCUCGUGGGCUGGGCCCUCGACGGCUUCGGCCUCUACGCCGUUUUGGACGCGGCCGGCGCGCUCUCCGACCCCAUGCACGACCUCGACGAGUGCCGCGGCGCGGCGGUGCUCGGCGAGUACCGCUACUACGUCACGGCGUCCCUGCCCCACGCGCCGCCGUGCCUCCGCGGGGCCUUCGAGGCGCCCACGCGCGCCGUCGCGUCGCCCCUCGUCGCCUGCCCGAAGAAGGGGCGCAACGUGACGUACUUCCGCAACGCGACGCGGCUCUCCGACCCGCUCGACUGCCCGACGCCCCGGGACGGCGCGCUCUACCCGACGUUCCUCUUCCGCACGGCGCCGCGGGGCGGGCCGGGCUCCUGGCGCCUCCACGCUUUGGCCUUCGGCGCGCUCUUUGCGCUCGUCGGCGGCGGCACGCUGCUCGUCGUCGUCGGCAUGUGGUCCGAGGGCCUCUGGCCGGGCGUCGCGACCUACGCGGGCGGGCAGAUCGUCCUCGCGGGCCUCGUCUGCGGGCUCCGGGCCGCGUGCCUGCUCGCGGACCCCUACUGGGCCGACGAGGCGUGGUCCGCGCUCACGUACGGCGGGCUCUGGGGGGUCUGCUACCCCAUGAUGGACGUCGUGCUGCUCCUCGAGCUGUGGCACGCGUGCGAGAUCACGGCGGCCGUGAGCCCCCAGGUCUUCGCGGGCGUGCCGGCGCCCCUCAUGCUGCUCCUGGGCUCGGCGUCGCGCGCGUCGGCCGUCGGCGACUUUGGGAUCCAGUUCAUGGCCGACUACCUGCGGAGCCGCGGCAACGGCUGGGAGUGGCUGAAGAUCUGCCAGAUCUACUACGUCGUGCUCGGCCUGCUCACGUGCGUCGCGCUGUCGUACGUCGCCGCGAAGCUCUCCGGCGGCGCGCGGGAGCUGCGGACGUCGUGGUCCAUGCGCGUCUUCCUCUUCCGGCUCACGUGCAAGCUCGGCUACAUCGCCGUCUUCGGGGCGGCGCUGUGCGUGACGUCCUGCAUCGGCCUGGACCGCGGCAUGGACCUCAGCGACAGCGCGUACUUCCUCCUCACGACGCAGCAGCGGCUCUUCGAGGCGCUGCUGUGCGUCGCCGUGGUCUACGCGGCGCUGCCGACGCACUGGGCCCUGGAGCGGUGCUUCCCGGACGCGCGCGACGACGAAAAAGACGAGUACCGCGAUUCGAACCUGUCGUUCUCCUCGACGAUCAUCGGCGACGUCACGGCGCAGUUCACGCCGUCGGGCGCGGCGUCGAAGCUCGACCUCGAGUGCGACGAGGAGGCGGACUACCGCGCGUCCAUGGACUGGCGCGACGGCGCCGCCGUCAGGGCGCCCGCCGACGUCGCGGCCGUCGCGGCCGUCGAGGUCCUCGACGCGCCCGCGGCCGCCGCCGAGGACGCGGCGGCCUACGCCGUCGAGCUCGAGGCGGCGGCGACGGCGGAGUCGCCGGCGUCCGUGUCCUGCUUCGAGCGGGCCAUCGCGCGCGCGCCGUCGAGCACGCGGAGCCUCGGCCUCUCGCCGGGCGCGUCGUCCCGGAGCCUCUCGACCGCGGAGACCGCGGUCGCCGUCGCGAGCCACGACAAGAAGCGCCCGACGGAGGAGCUCCUCGACGACGCGCUGCGCGUCGUGCGGCUCAUGGAGGCGCUGCCCAUGCGGGUCAUGGACCUCGCGGACUUUGCGGCGUUCGGUAAAAUCCCACGGUCGAGCGACGGCCUCGCGCGCGACCGGCGCGACGGCGACUACGUCGUCUUCGUGAGCCACCGCUGGUGGGGGCCGACGACGCCCGACGCGGACUUUCACGGCAGCGACGGCCGGGACGCGACGCGCGUCAAGUACGGCCUCAUCAAGCGCGGCAUCGAGGCGAUCGUACGCAAGGAGAAGCUCGAUCGAUCGAGGGUCUGCGUCUGGAUGGACUUCGCGUGCAUCGAGCAGGACGACGCCAAAACCCAGAAGCUCGGCGUCCAGUCCUUGAUCGCCUGGGCGAGCCGCGUCGACGUGCUCCUCGUGCCCGUGCUGAUCGAUUUGUGUCAAGCCAUGGCCAAGGACAAGGCGUCGACGCGCAAGCCCCGCCGGCGCAACGCCCGGGCGCGCGACGACGGCGGCACGCGGCGCGCGACGGAAGCGACGCCGCCCGUCCGGGCGUCGAAGCGACUGUCCGUGCAGGUGUCCGCGGCCGCGUCCGCGUUCCUCGUCAACUUUAGGCUCCGGCUCGACGCGAUCGCGUCGAUCUUCGUCAACUACCACGAGGAGCGCCAGGAGUUCGUCGCGAAGACCGAGGCCGCGGACCUCAUCGAGCAGAACGUCGCCGAGAUGAUGGGG